AUGCCCACCCCAACCAAGGUUACCUUUCCCUCGUUCAUGCUCACUAUCAGUGCAGAGCUGUACGCCCCUGCCGAGGGUUCUCCCGACCGAAAGGGAGCCGCCAUUGUCGUGAGCCACCCGAUGACCGGCGUCAAAGAACAAACCUCAGCGGCCUAUGCUCGUGUCCUUUCCGCGGCCGGCUUUUUCGCCCUGACAUUCGAUGCUGGCUAUCAGGGCGAAAGCACUGGCGAGCCGCGAGGUCUGGAGGACCCGCACCAGCGAGUCGAGGACAACAAAGCGGCCGUCACAUUCCUGACCAACUUGAAGGGCAAGAUUGACCCUGACCGCAUCGGCAUGCUGGGCAUCUGCGCAUCAGGCGGCUAUACCUCCUACGCUGCGCAGUCCGAUGUCCGCAUCAAGGCUCUUGGCACGGUCAGUGCUGCUUGUGUCGGCCGAAUGACCCGCAACGGUGGUCUUUACGAAGCCAACAGCCAGGAAUCGCCCGAGGCCAUCGCUGGUGCCCUCAAGGCCGCAGCUGACUGGCGGACCGCUCACGGCGACAAUGCCAAGUCAGAAGCCCCCAAGAUGUUCCAGACGGAAGCCUCCGCGGUGCCGGCCGAUGCACCGUCCUUCUUCAAGUCCGCCGCGGCGUACUACGGCACGAAACGCGGCAGCCACCCUCGGUCGGACCAGCGCGUCCCUCUGUCGAGCUAUGACUUGAUGAUUGGAUACGACUCCUUCAAUCUUCAACACCUUAUCUCCCCCCGCCCGUUGCUGAUGAUUGCGGGCUCGGAAGCGGAGACGCUACAUUAUAGCAAGACUGCUGUCGAGGAUGCAAAGGAGCCAAAGGAGCUGUUUGUCAUCGAUGGAAAGAAUCACUUUGAACUUUAUGACGACUUGGAAAAGUCUGCGCCAAAACUGGUCGACUUUUACGCAAAGGCGCUCGCAAAGUAA